UAGGAUUACAGGUGCCCGCCAUCAUGCCCAGCUAAUUUUUGUAUUUUUAGUAGAGACAGGGUUUUACCAUGUUGGCCAGCCUGGUCUUGAACUGCUGACCUCAUGUGAUCCUGCCACAUCAGCCUCCCAAAGUACUGGGAUUACAGGUGUGAGCCACCAUGCUCAGCCUCUUUCUUGUUCUGUACGUCCAUGCUCUGCUCCACUUCUGUCCCUUCACUCUGCCCAUACACAUCACCCCAGACUGGCCUUGUGGUCAGAGCCUAGAAUGCCUGGGCUGCUGGGGGCCUAUGGACUGCACUGGGCCAGAACCCCUGCCGCCUUCAAGACUGGCCUGUAGCCAGCAGGGAAUGAGCCUGGCUCUGGCCCCUGACGCAGGAACAUGGAGCUGAUCCAGGACACCUCUCGCCUGCCACUGGAGUACAUGAAGGGGGUUCCGCUCAUCAAGUACUUUGCAGAGGCACUGGGACCCCUGCAGAGCUUCCAAGCCCAGCCUGAUGACCUGCUUAUCAGCACCUACCCGAAGUCCGGCACCACCUGGGUGAGCCAGAUACUGGACAUGAUUUACCAGGGUGGCGACCUGGAGAAGUGUAACCGGGCUCCCAUCUACAUACGGGUGCCCUUCCUUGAGGCCAAUGAUCCAGGGGAUCCCUCAGGGAUGGAGAUUCUGAAAGACACACCGGCCCCACGGCUCAUCAAGUCACACCUGCCCCUGGCCCUGCUCCCCCAGACUCUGUUGGAUCAGAAGGUCAAGGUGGUCUAUGUUGCCCGAAACCCAAAGGAUGUGGCGGUCUCCUACUACCAUUUCCACCGUAUGGAAAAGACGCACCCUGAGCCUGGGACCUGGGACAGCUUCCUGGAGAAGUUCAUGGCCGGAGAAGUGUCCUACGGGUCCUGGUACCAGCACGUGCAGGAGUGGUGGGAGCUGAGCCACACCCACCCUGUUCUCUACCUCUUCUAUGAAGACAUGAAGGAGAACCCCAAAAGGGAGAUUCAGAAGAUCCUGGAGUUUGUGGGGCGCUCUCUGCCAGAGGAGACUGUGGACCUCAUGGUUCAACACACGUCAUUCAAGGAGAUGAAGAAGAACCCUAUGGCCAACUACACCACCGUCCCCCAGGAGUUCAUGGACCACAGCAUCUCCCCCUUCAUGAGGAAAGGCAUGACUGGGGACUGGAAGACCACUUUCACCGUGGCGCAGAAUGAGCGCUUCGAUGAGGACUAUGCGGAGAAGAUGGCAGGCUGCAGCCUCAGCUUCCGCUCUGAGCUGUGAGAGCGGCUCCCGGGGUCACUGCUGAGGGAGUGUGUGAAUCUAUCCUGACCAAUGGGCUCAAGAAUAAAGUAUGAUUUUUGAGUCAGGCACAGUGGCUCACGUCUGCAAUCCAAGCGAUUUGGGAGGCUGAGCUGGGAGGAUCGCAAUAGGCCACACAUUUGAGACCAGCCUGGUAAAAUAGUGAGACCUCAUCUCUACAAAGAUGUAACGUAAUUAGCCACAUGUGCUGGCACUUACCUGUAGUCCCAGCUACUUGGGAAGCAGAGGCUGGAGGAUCAUUUCAGCCCAGGAGGUUGUGGAUACUGUGAGUUACGAUUAUGCCCAUACACGACAGCCUGGAUGACAAGCAAGACCCUCCCUCCAAAGAAAAUAAAGUUCAAUUAAAAUAAAAUA